GUCGCGGACUCACGCUCCCCUGCACAGUCUCGGCUCCGACAAAGACACUUACCGCUUACGUAACAGAGUUCGUGAAAGUAAAAAUCAUGCGGUGGCUCACGUGUAGUAUACUGCUGCUAGUGAUAGCUAGCGCGACGGCUGACUGGUCGUGGAACGACGAUACGGAGAAAAAGAGCGAGGACAAUGAGAAGACACCGGAACUAUUGCAGGGGGAGGAAUCUGAGACACAGGAAAAAGUCUCCGAGACUAAUGGAACGGUACUCGAUGAUAUCGUCGAUGAAUUGGUGAGCAGCAAGCAGGGUAGAAGUUUGAACGGCUUCGACGACGUGUACAGCGAUCCCACGAUUAAGGAGGCUUUAGAUUCUGGUGACGACGCCGAGGCCAGGAACCUUAUUAAGGAUCGCCUCUGCACAUUGGGUCUUGUACAAUGCGAGGAUGGUGAAAACCAAGAAAAAAGAGCCUACGGAUACUCACCAGAAGAACUUAUUUACGCACAACCAGUAGACAUUAAGCCUAUUGGAAAACCAGUUGCAUCGAUUCCCGUACGAGGCCCACCGAGAGCCUAUGGCCCUGCCAAGCCUAUGCCCUACCCCCCACACCAUUCUAAGGCUCCACCAAAACGACCGAACUACGGACCUCACAGGCCCGGUUUCUCUGACAAAUACGGAGUCGUAGGCGGUAACUACCAAUAUGCCCAAAAUAGUGCAUCUUACGGUGGAGAAACUAACUAUGUAACGAGACGACCGACAUUUGGCAACGACGGACCAUAUGCGUUUGAGAACUCAAAACCCAGUUACAAUAAACCACCCACACACUCUAACACCAAAACAGAAACGGUUGUGCAACAGCACGUACAUCAUCACUAUGUGCAUGAAGACGCAGACAAAAAUCCUAAGGUUAUAAUCAAGCCUGUUGCCGUACCUGUAGGAUCAGUUGGUAACUUGGCGUCACAAAACAUCCAAGGACAAGAUUUCGGCGACUUCUCUGCUUCAGGCGCAGAAUUCAAUGGUGGAUUUAAGCCUAUGUCAUCAAACUAUCCUUUCAACAACAAACCAGGUUUUGAUGACUCCGACACGAUUUAUGGAUCACAAUAUGGUAAUAACAAGGGAAGCUCCCAUUUACUGUCCCAAGGAUUGCCUAAUCCCAAUGGUUUCGACGAUCAAAAAUAUGGUAGCUCCUAUGGUGCUCAAAAUACUGACUUCUACAAAAAAGAAUUGAACGUUGGAUCGUCCAGCAACUUGUACAACCAGGGACCAGCUACUUUCGGCCAAAGCGAUCAAUAUCAGCAAAGUUAUCAUGAACCCAAAGCUCAGGGGCUCGAAUGUGUCUGUGUUAGCUACGAUCAGUGUCCUAGUCAAGAAAUCAUUGGCCGUAGAGACGAUUUAUAUCUUCCCAUCGAUCCACGUAACAAAGGCAGUGAAAUUGUAGCUUUGACUGAGGAGCAAUUGGACAACUUAAAUAAAAACGUAACUGAAUCUGAUGACAGCGUAACAAAUGCAACUGAAACUAAAAAAGUUAGUAAACGUGAAGCCGACGAAGACAAGGACAAAGAAGCUACAAAAGAAAUCGAACCUCGUCAAGGAUACUUCGGCCGACCACAGUACCAGCAGUGUCAACAGAACCAAGUGUGCUGUCGCCGCCCAUUACGGCCGCAAGCUUCUAACAAAGGACAGUGCGGAAUCCGUCACUCCCAAGGAAUCAACGGAAGGAUCAAGACUCCCAGCUACGUUGACGGUGACAGUGAAUUCGGAGAAUAUCCUUGGCAAGUCGCCAUUCUGAAGAAGGAUCCCAAAGAGUCUGUCUACGUCUGCGGAGGAACUCUUAUCGAUGGGCUUCACAUCAUGACUGCUGCUCAUUGCAUUAAAUCAUACAAAGGAUUCGAGUUGAGAGUGCGCUUAGGAGAAUGGGACGUCAACCACGACGUCGAGUUCUAUCCCUACGUGGAGAGAGACGUGGUGUCCGUGCACGUCCACCCCACGUACUACGCCGGAACGCUCGACAACGACCUGGCCAUCCUGAAACUCGAGCACCCAGUCGACUAUACCAAGUACCCGCACAUCAGCCCCGCCUGCCUGCCCGACAAGUACACCGACUACGCCGGCCAAAGAUGCUGGACCACCGGCUGGGGCAAGGAUGCGUUCGGCACCAACGGGAAAUACCAGAACAUCCUCAAGGAAGUCGACGUGCCGAUUCUUGGUCACAACCAGUGCCAGCAGCAGCUGAGGCAGACUCGUCUCGGCUACAACUACGAGCUGAACCCUGGGUUCCUGUGCGCCGGAGGAGAGGAAGGCAAGGACGCCUGCAAGGGUGACGGAGGUGGUCCCCUGGUGUGCGAGCGUGGCGGAACCUGGCAGCUAGUCGGUGUAGUCUCCUGGGGUAUCGGUUGCGGGCAACCAGGAGUGCCCGGAGUCUACGUGAAAGUGGCUCACUACCUGGACUGGAUCGCACAGAUCACUGGGAAAUUUUCACCUUAUUAAGUAUAAAUGACGUGGAGUCUAUAAAAGCAGGAUACAGACGAAUAUUAGGUUCGUUUAUGAAAAGUUCUUGAGACUUAUUGAUAUUUGAAAGCUUUUUACCAUAAAAUAUUAGUAAACUCUGUUUUACCGGAAAGAGUCUUGUAGCCUCCAGAUUAGAUGUUAGAUGUUAUUUAUAUGAAUAAUUUAUUAUGCUCCUUUGAACGGUAAUGUUCAGAGAUGAAAAGUAAAUGCA